UAUUUAUAAUAAAAGUCAAUAAAGUUUAUUGAUUUUAUGAUCUAUAUAAAGACAACAAAGUAGAUUCUAGUGAAAUCUAGACUCUAGACUCGUCUACUAAUAAUGACGCGUAGGACGUAAUCAUCUUCUUUUUUGAAGUAACGUCUGUAUUAUAUUAGAUAAGAUAAGAUAGUCCAGUUCCUAGACAUUGACAUUCAGCAAGCUUGAAUGCAAGAGGAAAGAAAUGGGUAAACCUCGAAAGCGCAUUUUUGAUGAUUCAGGUAACGAUUUUUCAUAUCUUCCUACAAUCGGAGUUCGAACUGAUUUCAAAAGACUUAUGAAUGAUUAUAUCAAAUUGAAGACAGUCAGAUAUGAGGAAUUCAGUAAACUUUGGCGUGAGAAAAAAAUGGAAUAUCUAUAUAUAGGAAGGAGCUCAGACAGAGAAGCCAGAGAGUUUGUCGAGGAAAUUAUGUUGAUAGCCUUGGAAUAUUUUUUACCUCCAUAUCAAUUUCAAGUCAGAGUUGGAGGUCUCUAUUUGCUCUACGGGCUGUAUGAGAUUCAACCUAUCAUACCUAAAGUCAAGAUUAGGUUGACAUCAUCACAAUGGAAAGAUAUAGUUACUUUCGAGCAGCAAGCUAGCCAGCAAAAUCAUCUUGAUGUAAUCUACGUUUUUCAUAGACUGUUUGAAGAAAAGGCAUUUCAGUUUUGUUAUGCCGCAGCUGAAUAUAAUCCUUAUAGCAAGAACAUUUUACCUGCUGAUAAAGAAGAAGACUUGGCUGAUGAUAUGAAAGAAGAAAGUACUGCUGUAACUGAAAAUUUUAACUUUGAGACAUUAGAACAACUGUCAUUCUUAAUGGAAAAGUACCAGCAGUCAAAGUUUGCACUAGACACAACACCUCACAGAAGUCUGAACAUCAUCAGUGAGACUAUCACAGAUGAUCUUGUUGGACUGAUACAGUCAUCUAAAGAAAAAAUUUUAGAGAUUUUAAAAAAGGACACAAAGACAGUAACAAAAGAAGACCAGGCUGAGACCACUGGUGAGAGAAGAAAACACUUAAAGGAACUUGCUCUGGCUGGAUGUGCCUCUGCCAAAAAACCCAAUGAAUUUAUUGCCACAGAGCUAGGCUCUAAGGAGGUAUUCAAUGUGGCAGAUGGUGAAGCCAAUCAUAUAGAGUCGCCACAGAUCCCUGAACCCCAAGAAAAAGAUGUUAGCGAUCAUGAUGAUCUUGUUGAUGAUGAUGAUGAUGAAGAUGAAGAUUAUGUUCCACCAAAAUGUUUAAAAACUGGAAAUUCUAAAAAGAGAGAAAGAUUGGUUGUCAGUAGUUCUGCUUUUGGAAAGAAGGCUGCUAAAAAGGUAUCUGCCCGUGCUGCUAAAGAUUUAGCCCUAAUUCCAGAACAAGAGUCUACUAAACACAGUGUAGCAACUGAGACUAAUUUAAUGUGUUCAAUGCAGGAUGAUGAAGUCUCUUCUGAAACACAUCCUGAUGAGCCAGUUAUAAAAAUAGAAAAUGCUGAAGAAGAGGAACAAAAUAAAAAUAGGUAUGGCUACACAAACUACCUAUCUUUACUUUAUAAAGAGUCCAUGAGUAAUGUGCCUGCGUCUAGAAAAACUCAGGAAUCAAGAUUUAAGAAAAUUGUUCUGUCAGAUAAUGAAGUUCUUGUACUGCCUCCAAAGGAUCUUAUUGGAAAGCUGAAACUACAAUCUAGGAGGCAAUCGAAGAAAAAUGUUUCAAGAGCGAAGUCAGCUGAGAAAAGGACUCAGUCAUCACACUCACAAAAUAAACCCGAAAAAUGUUCAGAGAAAAAUCUUUCUCCUGUUGAUUCACAGGAAGAACAAUCCAUAGAUUUAAAUAACGGUGACAUUAGUCAAGCUGAUGAUCAUUCAGACGACACUAAAACACAUGUUUUACGAAAAAGCAUUUUGUUAAGACUGAAGAAUAAAUGUCUGUCACAAGAUGGAUCUCAGGACGCUGUGAAGAAAACUCGGCCACAAAAUGAAGCACUAGUUAAGCUAAAAGAAAAGUGUCUGGCAUCUACUUUAGAAGACAAAUCAGUGGGUGAGAAGAAAACCAGAAAAUUUACCCCAGACACCUCCUUAAUCGAUGAUACAUCUGUAUGGGCUGAGAUUCAGUUGCUGAAGAAGGAAAAUCCUGUGUUUCUUAGCCCUGAACUCUCUAAAGCCACAAAGGUUAAUUUUGUUCAAGUCAAUGUUAAAACUCCUGAUAGUACACUAGAAAGUCAACAAGAUAAGGUUAAGGAGGAGCCAAUGACAUUCAAAUUUAUUUAACUCAUUUGUUAGAAAAUGUUCUACUAAUGACACAGUGAAAAAUAAUGUUUAUUUUUGAGACAUGAGCUUUUAUUUUGAACCUGAGUAAACAAAUCUUGUCUUAAA